CACCUCAGAUCUCUUGCAGCAAUCAUUUCCCACAAAUAACACAACCUACCACCCAUCUCUCUUCACAACCCAAACAAACCCACCACCAUGCCCACCACCACCACAAAACCCCGAAUCAUCCUCGGCCUGAUGACCUUCAGCCCAGACCCAAACCAGGGCGCACGCAUCACCUCCCUCUCGGAAUUCGGUGCCUGCCUCGGCUACUUCACGGCGCAAGGCUACACCGAAGUCGACACCGCGCAGAUGUACAUCGGCGAGCAGCAAGAAGCGUUCACCGCGGCGCAAGGCAUGCACAGCCCGGACGUGCUGCGCCGGAAGUUCACCGAGUCCCUGAUGGCGGUGCAGACAGAGCAAGUGGAUAUCUUCUGCCUGCACGCCGCGGACCGGUCGGCGCCAUUCGCCGACACCCUCGCGGCGGUGAACACGGUGGCGGAGAUUGUGACGCUGUGUCAUGAGCGCGGAUGGGAGAGGCUGACGGUGAUCCAGGGGAUGUAUAAUGCUAUUAAUGGGUUAAUCUAUUUGCUCUGUGUUUGGAGAGGGUGCUCGAGAAAUAUCGAACCGGAACUCAUCCCCUGCUGUCGGCGGUACAGCCUCGAGAUCGUCGUCUACAACCCCCUCGCGGGCGGGAUCCUCUCUGGGAAGUAUAACCCUGGCGCCGCUAAGCCGGAGGAAGGGCGGUUCAGCGAUAAGAACACCACGGGUGCGCUGUAUCGGCAGCCGUACUUCAAUGACGCGGUCUUGACGGCUCUGGGGGUGAUCCGCGCGGCGGCGGAGAAGCAUGGCUUGACGUUGCCGGAGAUCACGUUCCGGUGGAUUCGCCAUCAUUCGCAGCUGCAACUGGGAGAUCAGGGCAAGGAUGGGAUCUUGAUCGGGGUGAGUAGCUUCGAGCAGUUGCAGCAGAAUUUGGCCAUGUUGGAGAGGAGUCCGUUGCCGGAGGAGGUGGUGAACGCCGUGGAUGAGGCGUGGAUGGACGUCAAGGCGACUUCGGCCAACUAUUGGCAUCUGGAUUUGAAGUAUACGUACGAUACUCAGGCGGUAUUGUUUGGGAAGUAG